AUGUUCUUGGUGGAUGCAGGACCUGGGACCCCCAGAAUUUGUAUGCAAGAUGAGCCUACAGGAGUGCCAAUCAACCGAGCCGCCAGGUUUGAGAAUAAGGUGGGAUCCCUGGAUGUAGUGGCCGGUGAAUCACUGAUCAAAGAGCAGAUUUUGGAGAGAUUCUUCAUCGAUGUAGUGGCCGGUGAAUCACUGAUCAAAGAGCGAGCAGCCGCCAGGUUUAAAAAUUUGGUGGGAUCCACAGAUGUAGUGGCUGGUGAACCGCUUCUUCUUCUUCCGCGAAGAUUCAGACAAAACCGAGCUUGGAUGGAACUGAACAAGAUUUGGCGAACGAAUACAAAGGUAAGGGGCUUUUUAUUAAGAAAGUAA